AUGCCGCGUCCUCCAAGAACAAUUAUUAAAAAAAGUGUAUUAGAAUUUACAAAAGAGGAAAGGGACUUGGAAAAAAACACAGAAGUUUCAAAAGAAACAAGUCGUAUAAAUGAUAAGCCAAUAUUUAAAUUAAAACUGCCAACGGAAUUAGUAAAAGACCUUGGAAAAUCAUCGGAAAGAUUACUGAAUAUUUCUCCUAUUCAAUCCUCAAUCAGACAUUCUAUUGAAAUAUUAUCUUCUUCUGAUGAAGAAUAUUUAAUAUAUGAUGAUCAUUCAUCAACUACAGAAGUGGGAUGUAAUAGAUCUCUAUCUCCUACUAGAACUUUGACUUCGAUGGAAGACAAUAGGAAACCUUUAUUCGAAGAAAUUAGCCCGUUAGUAAAAUCAAGGAACCUGUCUCAAGGGUAUAAUUUAUCAACACUCGAAAGGAUGAAUACUCAGCCAGAUGAGGAAGAUAGUGAUGAUGAUCCUUUUGGUUUCGUGAAGGCUGAAAAGAAGAUAAUGAAAAGGAAUGGCAACAUUAAUCAAAAGAUUUCGAAUAAUUCCAAAAAAUCUGAUCAAUUUGAGAACGAUUACUUUCAAAGUCAAAUAAUCAAAAAGAUUAAUGACACAGAUUGUUAUAAUGACUUUCUUUUGGAACCCGAAAUUGAUAUUGAUAAACAAAAUGAGACUCGACGAAAACAGAAUAACGAAGAAUCUAAUAUUUCAAGCGAGAAUGAAAAAGAUGAAAAUGUCGAUAAAGAUCAUAGCCAACCGAACCAUUAUGAGGAUCAUCUUUCAGCAGAAAAUGUUAAAAUAUCAGUGAACCUUGCAUCUAUAAAAAUUCAAAAAACGCCUUCAAAUAUUACAAAAACUGUUGACUUAAUAGCUGCUGUUUUACCUCCCCGCCGUCAACGCUUCGAACGCGAUAAUGAAGAAGUAUUAAAUAAAAAAGAAGAGAAGCCAUCACCAAAAAAACAAAAAAGAAAAGCACACAAUGAAUAUAAACCUAGGAAGGUUAAGAAGGUUACUCACAUUUUUGAAUCAACUGAUGAUGAAUUUAAUGAUGGAGGAUUUGAUAAUAAAACAAAACAAGCUCGCGCAAAACGUAUCCAACACUUUGAAGAGAUCGAUGAGGUUGUAUUGCCAAUCGAGAUAGGAUGA